AUGAAGAGGCAGAACGUGCGGACUCUGUCCCUCAUCGUCUGCACCUUCACCUACCUGCUGGUGGGCGCCGCCGUCUUCGACGCCCUCGAGUCGGACCACGAGAUGCGCGAGGAGGAGAAACUCAAAGCCGAGGAGAUCCGGAUCAAGGGCAAGUACAACAUCAGCAGCGAGGACUACCGGCAGCUGGAGCUGGUGAUCCUGCAGUCGGAGCCACACCGCGCCGGCGUCCAGUGGAAAUUCGCCGGUUCCUUCUACUUUGCCAUCACGGUCAUCACCACCAUAGGUUACGGGCACGCCGCUCCCGGCACGGACGCGGGCAAGGCCUUCUGCAUGUUCUACGCGGUGCUGGGCAUCCCGCUGACGCUGGUCAUGUUCCAGAGCCUGGGCGAGCGGAUGAACACGUUUGUGCGCUACCUGCUGAAGCGCAUCAAGAGGUGCUGUGGGCUGCGCAACACGGAGGUGUCCAUGGAGAACAUGGUGACCGUGGGCUUCUUCUCCUGCAUGGGGACGCUGUGCAUCGGCGCGGCCGCCUUCUCCCAGUGCGAAGAGUGGAGCUUCUUCCAUGCCUACUACUACUGCUUCAUCACGUUGACUACCAUUGGGUUCGGGGACUACGUGGCCCUGCAGACCAAGGGCGCCCUGCAAAAGAAGCCGCUCUACGUGGCCUUUAGCUUUAUGUAUAUCCUGGUGGGGCUGACGGUCAUCGGGGCCUUCCUCAACCUGGUGGUCCUCAGGUUCCUGACCAUGAACAGCGAGGACGAGCGGCGGGACGCCGAGGAGCGGGCGUCCCUGGCCGGCACGCGCAACAGCAUGGUCAUCCACAUCCCCGAGGAGGCGCGGCAGGGCCGGCCCCGGUACAAGGCGGACGUGGCGGACCUGCAGUCCGUCUGCUCCUGCACCUGCUACCGUCCGCAGGAGUACGGCGGCCGCUCGGCGGCGCAUCAGAACUCCUUCAGCGCCAAGCUCGCCCCGCAGUACUUCCACUCCAUCUCUUACAAGAUCGAGGAGAUCUCGCCAAGCACAUUAAAAAACAGCCUCUUUCCGUCCCCCAUCAGCUCCAUCUCCCCCGGGUUACACAGCUUUACUGACAACCACAGGCUAAUGAGGCGACGGAAGUCCAUCUAG